AUGCAAUUUAAAUAUCUUACAAUCAUUUCAAGUGUUUUAGCAUCAGCUAGUGCUAUGGGUGACUUUGGGUUCAACUUAGGUGUCAAGGAUAACCAAGGUAACUGUAAAUCUGCUGAAGAAUACGCUUCAGAUUUUAAAUUAUUAUCAGGUUACUCAAAACUUAUCAAGACCUAUGCCGUCUCAGAUUGUAACACUUUACAAAUCUUAGGUCCAGCAGCUGAUGAAGCCGGAUUUCAAAUUAUUGCUGGUAUUUGGCCAAAUGACGAUAGCCAUUUCGCUGACGAAAAACAAGCAUUACAAGAUUAUUUACCAAAAAUUUCAAAAGAUACCAUCAAAGUUUUCACUGUUGGUUCUGAAGCUUUAUACAGAGAAGAUUUAACCGCUCAAGAAUUAGCUUCUAAAAUUUCCGAAAUCAAAGACUUAUUACAAGAUAUUAAAGAUAAAAACGGUGACUCUUAUAGUGAUCAUCAAGUUGGUACCGUUGAUUCUUGGAACGUCAUUGUUGACGGUGCUUCUCAACCAGCUAUCAAAGCUGCUGAUUUUGUUUAUGCCAACGCUUUCUCAUACUGGCAAGGACAAACCAACAAAAAUGCUUCUUACUCAUUCUUCGAUGAUAUUAUGCAAGCUUUACAAGUCAUUCAAACCACUAAAGGUUCAACUGAUAUUGAUUUCUUUGUUGGUGAAACUGGAUGGCCAACUGAAGGUACUGCUUUCGAAGCUUCUGAACCAAGUGUCGAAAAUGCUAAAAAUUUCUUCCAAGAUGCUGUUUGUGCUAUGAGAGCUUGGGGUGUCAAUGUUGCCAUCUUCGAAGCUUUCGAUGAAAGUUGGAAACCUGACACUUCUGGUACAUCAGAUGUUGAAAAGUACUGGGGUGUUUACGAUGAAAACAGAUCAUUAAAAUACUCUCUUGAUUGUAAAUUUUAG